AUGCGGAGGAGAACUGCAGCCGGCUUCGCGGCUGGCGUUGCCCUCGCGAGCAGAGUCGCUGGGCAAGCGUGUAAUACCACGACCCUCCAGAACGAUGUGCCAGCGAGUGGAGGUCCCAAUGUCACCCUCAAGAGCUUCUCAUACUGCGGCGGAACACUGAACACCUCAGCGUAAGAGUCGGGGAAGCGUCUAUCCACGUCUAAGACAUGCACUUACCCUCCACUUUUUCAACUCAGAUACAUCGCAAACCUUGACUACGACAAAGCCGUCACCAUCUACUACACGAAUGCUCAAGGAAAGAGCACGCCUCUGAGUUCUGUUGGUCUGGGAUACGAUAGCAGCGUAGCGAACAACUAUGAACUCUGGACAAGCUCAACACCUGUUUGGAUCGAUGGCAUCACGCAACUCUUGAAUAUCACCUACCAGGCCACGGAUAUUGGCGAGACUUACUCUCAACAACUCGGCCAAAAAGUUAUUGCUAGCGGCGGACCCGCCCCGUCUCUCCCUUCUCCUCCAAAACCGUACGCAACACCUUUGGGUUUCCAGAAUGAUAUCACAACUUGGCUGGCGGUGGCGAGUGGGUCCCAGUUGGAGAGGUCCGUUACCAAGAUGUUUGUCAACAUCAACCCGAACGUCACUGGCGCGGUCGAGGGUGUGGUCGUUGCUGGAAGGAGUGGACCGACGUUCGCGUCCAAGGAUCCUGAUUACGAGUACGACUGGGUAAGAGACUCGUCUCUUACCUACGACGUCGUCCAGAUGCUGUACAGUGCAUCUACAAAGGCGAAGGCCAUUUCCCAAUAUGAGAAUGUUCUCUUCAAGUACGCGACUGCUCGCGCGACUGAGCAGAACGACCCAAGUUCGUUUCCGAUUCAAUUCUCCAAGACGUCUUGCUAAUUCAGACCCAGAUCUGCAGACUGGGCUUGGUGAACCUAAGUUCUACCUGAAUAAUACCAUCUUCGAGAAGCCUUGGGGACGUCCGCAAAACGACGGUCCAGCUACUGCUGCGAUUACGCUCAUGGAAUUCGCAGACAGCUAUCUCAACAAGGGAGGCAACCUCACGGCCGUCAAGCGGAAGAUUUACGAUUCCUCGACCUACCCCAAGGCCGCGCCUGUGCAAAAGGAUCUUCUCUUCGUUGCUAAGAACUGGACCAGCCCUUCAUACGAUCUCUGGGAGGAAGAAAGCUCAGAUCAUUUCUAUACUCGUAAGCAAAUCGAUAGAUGCAAUGCGUCUUCUCAUGUCUCAAGAGACUUGCUUACUUUCUAUCUGUUGCGUUGCAGGCAUGGUGCAGCGCAAAGCCUUAGUCAUGGGCGUCAAAUUCGCGAAGAAAAUGAAUGACAGCCAGACUGCUUCGACACUGCAAAGCGCCGCAGAUGCACUUUCGAGUACCAUGAGUCAAUUCUGGGAUCAGGGGCGCCAAAUCAUCCUCUAUGAAUACGGCAAGCCACCCACACUGCUUUCUGAGGCAUCUGCUAAUUUUGUCCAGGCCCGGUCCUUCAUGACAAGCCAAGCUACCUCGAUGCUGCUGUACCUUUGGGCCUGAUCCACGGGUAUGCUGGCGACAACGUCUACAGUUGGACGAACGACCAGAUCCAGUCUACAAUUGUGCGCUUCGCAACCUCUUUCAUCGAUGUGUACCCGAUCUUCAACAAGACUCAAAAGGACUCCUCAGGCCGGGUACUGGGCAUUCCCACGGGUCGCUAUCCUGAAGACAUCUACAACGGCACCGGUACGCAGCAGAAUGGCGGCAAUCCAUGGUACUUGACUACCGCCGCUUUAGCGCAAUAUUUCUGGGCCUCUUCACAGCAAUAUACUUCAGCUGGCGAGAUCCAAGUCACGAAUACCUCAAAGGAUUUCUUUGAUUAUUUCGCGCCUUCGGCUAACGUGACUGUUGGCACGACUUGCAAGCAGAACAGCAAGAAGUUCAAUGCUGUCAUUGAUAGCUUGAACGGCUGGGGAGAUGCUUUCAUGCGGACGGUCAAGUACUACACUCCAUCUGAUGGAAGCCUUGCGGAAGAGUACAACCGCAACACCGGAGCACCGCAAGGUUGCGUCGACUUGACUUGGUCAUACGCCAGCGUCCUGACUGCAGCCUUCCAACGAGCGCAGGUCCGGAAGCAGACAAAAUACGUCGAGAAUCUGGCGAACCUGGGCUACACCGAGAAUUCUUAG